AAACGCUUCUAUGACUCGGACUUGCCAACUGAAGUCCUAUCCCACAUUUUUAACGACUGUCUCUCCAAAUUCAGUGACUUGUCGCCCCCAUAAAACUGGACGUUCGAGCAACUUGAAGCACACAUUGAAUCACACCUGCCUGAUGCUACAUCAUCUGACAACGAGCUUUCACUGGACGACAAAAAUGAUCUGCGGCACCAGCAGAGCCGCACGUUUUCUGACACUCGUGGUGCAGAUCAACAACAGCAUCAGAGCAACGGGCGGCCACACCCGCUGCAAAAUCAAGUCUACUCAGAUGAUCAGAAUCACGAUGAUGCCGCAGCUGCCUUUAUAUCGCAUUACUUUCAAGCUCCUCGUCCAGUCGCACCUAUACCGCCCACACCUCACAACCAGACUGCUGCUCCGGUCGCCAUUGAUAUCUGGCAUGCAAAGCAUGCAAGCCAGCCCAGCACCUCCAGUAGGCUCGCCCUAUCCCUACCCAUUCUCGCACGUUCGGCGCAAUAAUACCUACUGUGGCUGUCCCAUCCACACCGCGCCUUCGUCCAACUACGACCCCAAUCAUCCCUCAGUGACCGAAGGGCAACUCGCUCUCCAGAUUCAGAUGCACGCCCUGAACAACCACGCAGCAUUAUCUGACUCCACAUUCUCACCAUCGUCGACGCCUUUCCCCGGCCCUGGAUAAGCAACGCGCGUAAAUGUGUACCAAUGGUAAUAUCGACCUCCUCAUUCAGGGCGCGAUCUACAGCUCUGCAACUAGUGGACUGGACAGCAUAUGCCCUUGCAUUAAAAGUAGAAACUCCCGCCACAAAUGAAAGGGAAAACGGGAGAGCGAGGCAGGUAGACCAAUGCAUUGGACG